AUGCGUCUCACCACCAGUGUCAUCGCUGGCUUCAUCGCCUUCGGUGCCGCGACGCCUGCCGGCCUGGCAGUCAAGCCAAGUUCCAUUGAGGACCCUGUCGAUGCUGUCCCAGCCCAACACACUCCCGUCGUGGACGGAAAUUGGCACAUUGGCUGCGACAAGAACAACUACUGCUCCUACUACCAGGGAGGCGACUUGGCUGUUGGCAACACCAACUCAGUGUCCCCUCGUACCAUUGCUCUGUCGGAAGCUUCGUGCAAGCAGUGCUCAACUGAGGACCCUUGCGACACCACCAUCAGCACCUCUGUUGUAACUGUGACCGCCACACCUACUUCUGAGGCGUCGAUUUCCGACAUCACCACAACCAUCACGCUUGCUCGUACAGCCGUACCCCCGACGCACACUGGCCUGGCCCCUCGCGAUGAGCUAGCCUCCAACGAUGGCGACAACCAGUCACCUACUCGUCGCACUGCCUUCAAGCAGUCGGAAUGCUUCCCUUGCAAUGACCAAACUUGCCCAGAAUGCCACGCCGACUGCGCGGAGUGCGACAAGUACCUUUGCAACAACUUGGCCACUCACAUGACGGUGUGCAUGAGCGUCCGUUCCAAAUGGCAGCCCCCGGGCUUCAACGUCUCUGCUUCCGGACCGAGCGAGACCACAACUACCACUGAGACAGUGGUCAUCUCAACUGUCGUUGACCCCACGUCCUCGCCAGUCGUCACGGUCACCGUGUCCGCCCCUGUUACCAGUACCACUACUGUCGUCGUAGCUCCUCAGAGCUCCCCAUGCACUACGACAACUACUUCGAUACCUAUAGUAACCAGCACUGUGACGGUUGUUACUCAGCGUCCACAGACCAGCACCGUGACGGUUAUUUCUCAACGUCCACAGACAAGCACUGUGACUGUCGUUGCUCAGCGUCCACAGAUCACCACUGUCGUCGUGACAGCUCCUCGGGUUCAGACUACCACUGUCGUCAUGACAGCUCCUCGGGUUCAGACUACCACUGUCGUCGUGGCAGCCCCUCAGAUUCAGAUUAAUACCGUCACUGUGGAGAAGCCGGCUUCCACUGUAAUCUACCAGCAACCAGGCACCACAUCCAUCGUUACUGUACAGAACCCAGCUUCUACUGUCGUCUACCAGCAACCAGGCACAACUUCCACUGUCACCUAUCACUACCAGGAUCCAGCGUCCACCAUCAUGCUCCAGCCACCAACUGUUACUGCUUCGCGCUCACCACACGUGCUCGAGAUUCCCGUCACUGUGAUCACGACCGCGACCCACACCGUAGCCAGAUCAGUUCGUGCCAACCAAACCCCUGCGCCUAUGUCUCCCCGCGAUAGCAUUAUCGCCAAGCCAAUGUGCGACUCUUGCGACGGUAACGCGGAGUGCGAUGGGUGCGAUUUCGCUUGCGACGAAGACCAAGGCUGUGAGCACUUCCUGUGCAAAGACCCUCUCAGCGAAGCGGAGGUCUGCAUAAGCUUCCUAGAGGACGCCGAGGCGUCCAAAGCAUACGACACGUCCAUGGCUUCCGGCGAUUUCCUUGGCUCCGCCGCGAUGCUUCUGGUGCUCGCCGGCGAUGACGCCCCUACUUCCAACACAACGACCACCCAUUUGCAGCCGGCGAUCUCCAACGGAACCCGGCCAGACUUCUCCUUUGCCGAUGAAGAUUGUUAUCUGUGCGAGUUUGGUGAUGAGUCUUGCAACAUGUGCGACUGGCAGUUCACCUGCGGCAUCAAGAAGAAGUGCUUCCACAACGGCGCGCGCGAGGUUGUCGAGUUGUGCUUCGAGAAAGGCGAGAAGUGCCGUCCUUGA